UUCGAGCGAGCCUCGGCUACGGGGUUGGGCAAUCGCGGUUAAUCUCUGUAACUCGGAGGGCCAGUCAUCGCAACAUGAAUGAAGCUGAAGGUCUGCGGCAGCGUCGGCCCGCCCGGCCGCAAGUGAUUACCGAAGAGAACACGGCGCAGGGAACCAAGGAUAGCAGUACUUACAGCAACAGGGUAUUUCGUGUAACUUUCAUGACUUUAGCUGUGUCAUUAAUUAUUCCGUUAUUUGGAGCAAUCAUGUUUCUGGAUUGUCCAAUAGACCCUCUGCCCAUUAGCUUCAAAGAACCUCCUCUUCUUACUGGUGCUUUAGAGCCAAACGUUAAGCUACAACAAGCAGAAAGACUAUUUGAAAACCAGCUUGUUGGACCAGAAUCUAUUGCAAAUAUUGGUGAUGUGCUGUUUACUGGUACUGCUGAUGGGAAAAUUCUGAAGAUUGAAAAUGGGGAAAUUCGCACUUUAGCUCGACUUGGCCAUGGUCCUUGUGGUACAAGAGAAGAUGAGCCUACAUGUGGGAGACCACUUGGAAUCCAUGUUGGACCAAACAAUACACUUUUUGUUGUAGAUGCCUAUUAUGGGCUGUUUGAAAUAAAUCCUAUCUCAGGCAAGUGCAUCUCUUUUCCUUUCUCUUUCUUUCUCUCUCUCUCACACACACACAUUGCACUAACCCAUCGUUGUUCCAUCAGUGUUGUUAAUUUUAAGAGUUUCAAUAUAGGCUCUUCUUAUGCAUAUGGUUUUAAUUAUGGUUUGAAUGGUAAGCCAUAAACCAUGAUAUGCAAG